AUGGGCUCCGGGGAGGAGCCGUCGCAGAUGCGGAGGGCGCUGGUGGACUCGCUCGCGGGCGCCAUCUCCGGCGGCAUCUCCCGCACCGUCACCUCCCCCCUCGACGUCAUCAAAAUCCGCUUCCAGGUUCAGUUAGAACCCACAACCUCGUGGGGCAUUCUUCGAAGGGAUGUAUAUGGACCUUCCAAAUACACUGGGCUUCUGCAAGCAACCAAAGAUAUUCUCAGAGAGGAAGGUUUACCGGGAUUUUGGAGAGGAAAUGUACCAGCUCUGUUGAUGUAUAUGCCAUAUACAGCUAUACAAUUCACUGUUCUACACAAACUAAAAACAUUUGCUUCUGGUUCAUCUAGAACAGAGGAUCAUUUGCAUCUGAGCCCUUACUUAUCCUAUGUAAGUGGAGCUCUAGCAGGAUGUGCAGCAACUCUAGGGUCAUAUCCAUUUGACCUUCUGAGGACUAUUCUUGCAUCGCAGGGUGAACCAAAGGUUUACCCCAACAUGAGGUCUGCAUUUGUUGAUAUAAUUAAAACUCGUGGUGUUCAAGGGCUUUAUUCUGGUCUAUCUCCAACUCUUGUUGAAAUCAUACCAUAUGCCGGUUUGCAGUUCGGUUCAUACGACACUUUCAAACGCUCGAUGAUGACAUGGAACAGAUAUAAAUAUUCACAUCUUAACUUAGGAAGCGAGGAUGAUUCGGUAUCAAGUUUCCAGCUAUUUCUUUGUGGGUUUGCAGCUGGGACAUUUUCAAAGGCUGCAUGCCACCCACUUGAUGUUGUAAAGAAAAGGUUCCAGAUUGAAGGACUAAAACGCCAUCCAAGGUAUGGAGCUCGAAUUGAGAGCAGCACAUACAAGGGCAUGUACCAUGCCUUAAAGGAGAUUGUCGCAAAGGAGGGAUUUGGAGGCCUUUAUAAGGGCCUUUUCCCCUCUUUGGUGAAAUCGGCCCCUGCUGGUGCUGUGACAUUUGUGGCAUAUGAAUACAUCUCAGACUGUUCCAUUGGAUCUUGCAGUCCAUACGAGGUUUGGGAGCCUGCUAAAAUCAACUGGAUGAUUCAUGCUCCGCACCGCCGUGCCGACUCCCCUAGCCAGCCACUACGUCGAAUAGGGCAGCGGCGGAGGCGGCAACCUGAUGCCCAGCCCCCCGUGGGGGCCAUGGAGCUCGUCCCCGUCAAGCCCGCGGCCGGAGCUCUCGUCGAGGUGGGCUCCGGGUCCGUGGCCGGCGCGGGCUCGAUCCCGGCGAUGGUGGCGGCGCAGCAGAAGCUGCUGCACGAACAGGUGGACCAGCUCCAGCGCCUCGUCGUCGCCCAGUGCCGCCUCACCGGCGUCAACCCCCUUGCCCAGGAGAUGGCUGCCGGUGCAUUGUCUAUCAAGAUAGGUAAGAGGCCAAGGGAUCUGUUGAAUCCAAAAGCAGUUAAGUACAUGCAGUCACUUUUUGCCUUGAAGGACACUCUUGGCAAAAAAGAAACCCGAGAAAUUAGUUUACUCUGUGGGGUCACUGUUACACAGGUUAGGGAAUUCUUUACAAUUCAAAAAUCGCGAGUGAGGAGAUUUGUUCGUCUAUCUCAAGAAAAAGCGCUGAGAAUAGAAACACCCAAGGAGCAGGACAAUGCAUACUCCAUAAACACUGAGCUGAUACCAUUGGACAUAGAGGCACAAGCUGAAGUUAUCGAACCUCUGAGCACUUUAGAACCAGUGGUCCUACAUAGCUCUUUGCAACCAACAGAUGUCCCUCAGGUCUCUUUGCAAUCAUUGGAGCUCCAACAAAGCGAUCUGCAGCAUAUGGAAGUCUUCCAAAACUCUUUGCAACAAACAGAGGCCCAACAGAACUUUGCAGCUCCUAUGAUGCCAUCUGGAACAAUGGUUAUGCAACCAACUGAUGCUAAGAUUAGCUCAGACUCUGUUCGAAAGGAAAUUAAGCAAGAGGAAGUUCAUCCUGGUGUUGAGUCAGAAGAUAAGAAGUUCUUGGAAAGUAUAUUUGCUCUAAUGCAGAAAGAGGAAACAUUCUCUGGGCAGGUCAAAUUAAUGGAAUGGAUUCUGCAGAUAAAUAAUGUUACAGUUCUUAGUAGGUUCGUAACGAUGGGUGGUUUGACCAUUAUGUCAACAUGGUUGAGUCAAGCAGCAAUUGAAGAGCAAACAUCGGUUAUCCAUGUUAUUUUCAAGGUGCUGCUCCACCUUCCGUUACAUAAGGCUUUACCAGUCCACAUGUCGGUUGUUCUGCAAACAAUUAAUAGGUUACGGUUUUAUAGAACACAAGACAUAUCGAGCAGGGCUAGGAACCUCUUAUCCAGAUUGAGCAAAGUGCUUGUAAGGAUUCAGUCAUUGAAGAAACCUCAGAAGGACUUGAUAUGUAAACAAAGGAUAAGUGAAAUUCUCCGUGAUGAGUCUUGGAAAUCAGAAGUUGAUAUUACCGAGGAGAUACUUGCCUUGACUGAUGGUGCGAAUGAGAGCAGAAAGCCUGAGCCCAGAAAAACACCAAUGCUUCUCACUGCUUCUGCUGAUGAGGCAAAUAAAAGGAGUUCUGUGCAGAAAAACUCCAAACAAAAAAGGAAAGUUCAACUUGUGGAACAUCCAAAUAAGAAAGCUGUGGGGAAGAAUGCUAAUUCUGUCAGGAACACAUCCACAAACAAUAGCAGGCCAUUAUCUGCAGAUGAUAUUCAAAAAGCAAAGAUGCGUGCCAUGUUCAUGCAGGAGAAGUAUGGCAAGAUUGACACAAAUAAAGCGAGUGAUAAACCACAAGCAAUGGAUACGCAAAAAACUGCUGGAUUAGUAAAUUCAAAUGCAUCACCUAUGCCCACAAGCCCCCAUACAUCAGCUGCACGACCUGUUGACCCAAGCCCAUCUACUUCUAAACAAAGCACAGAUUCUUCUCAGCCUGAUAAUACAGAAAUCUCAGGUGGUUUGAAGUUAAACAUAGGUUCCCAAAAUAAUGUUAUAGAGAAGUUGGACUCCAAGAGAGUUCUUUGGCAAAUACCACCAGCGGUAUGGAUAGACCCCUCAUGGAGUGUAGGAGCUGGUGACAACAGCAAGGAGGUCGAGGUUCAAACACAGAGAAACCGGCGUGAAAAGGAAACCUUUUAUGCAAGUCAGAAGGAUAUCCCAAUGAAUCCAAAGGAUCCAUGGGAUCUGGAAAUGGACUUUGAUGACAGCCUGACCCCAGAAAUUCCAAUUGACCAGGUGCCAGAUGUUGACGCUAUGGAAACGGAUAGUGUUCGCGCAGCACCUAAUGCUGUGGCUCCUGUUAAGGACAAGCAGAUUGAAUCUACAUCAUCAGCAUCAGGUGCAGUUGCUGAUGGUGCAGGUGCUGAUACCGAUUAUGAAUUGCUUACGGUGCUACUCAAGAAUCCAGAGCUUGUUUUUGCAUUAACAUCUAAUAACAAAGGGGAGAACAUGCCUAACGAACAGACCAUUGCACUUCUGGAUACACUGAAGCAGACUGGCCUUAGCCUUUCAGAGCUUGUUAACAGUCUGGGGAAUGGUGCUGGGUUUCCGAAAGAGCCAGAGCCAGAGGCAGAACCUCUUCCUGCUUCGCUUCCAUCACCAACUCCACCAGACCGUACAUCAACGGCUGUCUGGAGACCAGAACAUCCAAUGCAGGUGAGGGCUCCAAACUUGCAGCAGCCAUGUUUGUCACCUCCUAUUGCAAAUGCCAUGCAGCAAAGCUUCUCAAAUGUUGUCAGUUCGUUACCCUCACAACCUUAUGCUUCAGUUUCGGUUUUGCCGGCACAGAUUCAAGCUAACACCCCAUCUCUACCACAGUUGGCGGUCUCUGUAAAUCCGCCAAUUCAACAUGUUUCCCCUGUGAAUAACCAUCCGAAUAGAGCUUUAGUAAAUCAGCAUAACCAGCAAUAUGCUUUGUUAUCAGAUCCUGUUGCCACGCCCUUGCAUCAACAAGCAGCGGUGAGCAAAUCAACCCAUGGACUCCAGAGCAUCCCGAACCCUGCUGUAGCACGUUCGUCGUUGCCUGAGCCUAAUGCAUCUUACACAACACUCCCUUGGCAAUCUAGUGCUGCUGACAUCACCCACACUGGACGAAAUGCAGCGGCUGAUCCAUGGGCAGCCCGCACAACUAAUAACUCAUAUAAUACUGCAUCAGCAAACACAGUGCCGUUUGCUAACCAGAAUGCUUACAGUGAUCAAAGCUCGCACAGUGCAUACAGUUCGUAUGGUCCUGCGCCAGUCUCGUCCCAUUCUGUUCUACCAGGGCACGGACAUGACAGAAAUGGUUACAGCCGACCUCCAGUGGCAAAGUACCAAUCGAUGGUGCAGGACAGCCACCGGAGACACUCAAGGUCACCUGAUCCUGGUGUGGUCCGGGACUAUGGCGGCGCGCAAGGUUAUAAUCAGCAGUCCCGAACACAUUGGAGUGCAGGGCAAGGGCAACAGAGCUACAAUCCUGACCCCUCAAGGCAAUGGAGUUCUUCCCAGGCACACCAGGGCUACACACCUGCCGAGUCCUCAAGGCAGUGGAGCACUGCGCACCAGAGCUACGCUCCUGAGCCGUCGAGGCAGGGGAUCUCUGAACGUCAGGGCUACAGUGUUGAGCCCUCGAGGCCUUGGAAUCAGCAGGGCCAGAACCCGGAGGCAUCCAGACAAUGGAACCGGGGAAAGCAAGAUCCUUACUACAAUCCGAGUGGUGGUCGAAGAUCAUACGAUCAGCACCGUAGGAGAUAA